UUCACAACACGCGCGCGCGCGCCCCACACGCACGCGCGCACUGGACGCUGGCAAGCGGCGGACAGCGCCGUCUCCUCUCGCUCGCUCGCCCGUCCCGGGCGGAAUAGGAAUGAGAGAGGAAGCCGCUCGCUCGCUCCUUCCGGCAUUCAUUCAUUCAUUCGUUCGUCCGCACGGCCGAGGCCGAGGGAGCCAGCCUCACCCAUUGACCACUCGCCCGGACGGAACUCUCCCAGAAAGAGGCCCUUGACGAACGCCCGGUGACCACCCGCCGUAGUAAUGCCAGCCCAACGCCGCCACCAGCUGCCCCUGCUGCCCCUGCUGCUUCUGCUGCUACGAUCGUCCACUUCCACCGACGCCCUCGCCCGACCUGCGACCUCCUCUCGUCCUUUUGCCGACGACGUUUCCCCCGUGGGUGCCGUCGACGCCACGGUGGGAGGCGGCGGUGGCGGUGACGCCGCCAUGGUGCCCGUCGGUCACCGACGGCCCAUCGUCAACGCCGGCGCCGGCAGAGAUGAUGAUGCUGCUCCUGCUGCUGUCGAAGAGGUAGCGUCGGACAAGACCGCGCAUCACCUCGUCGCUCCGGACGAUCGCCGCGCUGCUGCGACCGGGCGACUGUCGGCGAUGCUCAAAAACUCCGCUUCCACCUCCCAACUUUUGGCGACGGACACCGCUACUGCCGAGGUUUUUGCGGGCGGUCGCGAUGGUGGCGGUGAUGGUGCUGACGUUGGCGGCGGUGGCGGCGGCGGCGGCAGCGGUGGCGCCGGUGAUGCCAGGACGGCCCCGGGGAAGGACGGCAGGGAGGCGGUGCCGCGCCCCGCGGGGCUGUGGCGGCCCACGGUCCCGCAGUCGCGCACCGCCCGCUCGGCCGACUGGCGAUUGCCCGGCAUGGAUUACCACAGCUCCUGGCUGCCUCAGUCACCGGACACCACCACCACGACCACCACGACCACCACGACCACGGCCUCGACAACAACAACCACCGCCGCCGCCACCGAGGCCGCGACGCUCAAAUAUUGGGGCUCCACGCAGCUGCCGCGGCGGUGGGCCGACGGCUCCAAGGUCGACGGGGUCAAGGCCGGGUCACCGCCUUCAGAGCAGAGGUCAACCGGACCGCGGGGCCCGAACGCAGGAAAUGUCACCGCCGCUGUAGCCGAGGGGUCGGCUGCUCCGGGACGAGGUGAGGCCGGCACCGGUCGCCCCUCCACCGAACCCCACCUCCACGAGGAGUCCCCGAGCACGGCGCUCGGCCGUCGGGGGGCCCUGAUCCCGGACGAGCGCCCCUCCGACGAUACCGACGACGACGCGUUGGCGCAACCUCCUGCAGGCGCCGACCCGGGUUCCCGGCGCCGGGCGCACCGCCGGCACGGCUUGCUGGGCGCCGCCUGGGCCGUGCACGUGUACGGCUGCGGCGCUCUCUUCCUCCUGCUGGCGCUGGCCUCCGCCGCCGUGGCCGUGGUGGCUGGCAUGGGCCGACCCGCCGAAACCACCGCCACCGCUGUCGCCGCCACCGGCGGCCGGGAGGAGCCGCCGCCGCCGCCGGACCGCGCUUCGCCGCUCUUCGCAUCCAAGUCGGCGGCGCUGACCUCGGCGCUCGCCGGAGGGUGGCUGCUGUGCGCCGCGGGGACGGCGCGGGCGCUGCUGCUGCUGCUCGCCGGCGCCUACAACGCGGACGGGCGGCUGGGCGCCGGCGCCGCCCGCCUGCUCUACGACGUGCCCUUCCCGUGCCUCACCGCCGCCCACGCCGCCGCCCUGGCCUCGCUCGCCAAGGCGGCCGAGCCGCGCCUGCCGGCCGCCCGCGAGCACCGGCUGUUGGCGGCGCUGGCGGCCGCGGUGGCGCUGCAUUUUCUGCUGGCGCUCGGCGGGAGCCUGGCGGCGGGGUUGGCGGGCCCUGGCUCGCCCGCCUCCUUGGCCGCCCCCUCGGUGGCGCUCGUCUACUUCUGCGCAUUCGGGGCGGCGCUGCUGGCGCUCGCCAUCGUCGGCACGUGCGGCGGCACUGACCCCGCCGUUUCGGGCGAGAAGGGCCACCUCGUCUUCUCGCCCGCGUCCGCGCCGGCCACCACCCCCUCGCCGUCGUCGUUGUCCGCAAGGUCGAGGGCGGCCGUGGCCGCCGGCGCUCUGGUGGCCGCGUGCGGCGUGGCGCAGGCGAGUGGGGUGGCUCUGGGCUUUGUUGGCGACUUCGAGGUCGAGUCUCCCGCGGGCCGUACGCCGGCGUGGUGGUCCUUCCACUUCUGCGCCCGCGUCCUGGAGCUCGCCGCUUGCCUCGCGCUCUGCCUCACCGCCGCCACCGCCGUGCCCUUUCGCCGGCGCAAGCCUCACGCCGGUGCCGAUGACGUCGAGGAGCCGCGGCGGCGGCAGCCGGUGGCGGCGGGGCUGACGGUUCCGCUGGCUCGAUGCGACGAGGCCCUGGAGUCCGGAAAAGGUGACGGCGGUUGCUGGGGGAAACUAUCGCGGCUCCUGCGUGGUUUUGGCGCCAGCGACAGCAUCGAUGCUGCCACCGUCAUCGCCGGCGCCAGUGGCGGCGACGGGCGACGCGAGCCACAGACUGGAACCAGUGCCGGCCGGACGGACGUGGGCCGGCCCCGCGGGACCCCAGAUGGCCUCGAGUCGGGCGUCACGGCGCCGUUCGCGUCGUCUUGCACCGCCACCGACGCCGGCGACGACGGCGGGAAAAGAUCGACGAGGAGGGGCGACAGCGACCCAGGAGUGGACGACAGCGACGAUAGCAGCCACGACGAAGACGACGACGAUGAGGUGUGCGACGGCAGCAGGCGCGGGAAGGCCGCCGGCGGGCAACGGCGCCGGAACCGCAAGCGCUCCGGCAGCGGCCACUCGCUGGGCUCUUCGCUGCUGCUGCUCCACCAGUUCACGAUGUCCGACCUGGACCUGCGGCCGCCGUCGCCCAUCGAGCUGUGGCGCAGCAUCGACGACGCGCUGCUGGAGCGCGCCGUCAUCACCGAGAGCCUCUUCCGCCGCUCGCACAGCGCCGGCAACCUGUCGACGAUGGGCGACGCGGAGGGGACGGCCGCCGGCGCCUCCGUCGGCGGCCCCGAGAGGCCCGGCCGCCUGCAGCGGCUGUUCCGCGGCUCGGCGCUCAGCCUGCGCAAGAGCUCCAGCCGCCUGGCGAUGGCGUCGUCCAGCUUCGGCAGCGGCGUGAGCCGGGCCCCGAGUCUGGUGAUGCAGUCGCCCCUCGGUAGCACCGCCACCGGCGCCGGCGGGUGGUCCAGGAGGGACGCGUCCUUCGCGUCGCUCAUGAGCCUCGGUUUGGGGUGGUCGAAGAGCAGGCCCAGGGAUUUGGCGCCGGUCCCGGUGGCGGGGGAGAGGGUUCUCGACCUCUGUUCGAAGCACGCGGUCCGCGACGGAGACGCCGAUGACUCCGCGAGCGUCGGGCACAGGGCACCGUCGGUGAACAUCAACCAGGAGUUCAACCACAUCUGCAAGCAGAUCAACCACCUGAGUAUGAGCAGCGACGCCAUCGACGUGUAGGCGCCGCCGCCGCCGCCGCCGUGGCCGGCCCGUGCUCCGUCCGCUGCUGGUUUUGACGGCCGCAUGGGCGGCCCGUGAAAAGUGUCAGAAUUUGAUACUAAUUAAAUUGAGGGCGUUCACGUCAUCGUCGUCGUCAUUGACGUUGUCGUCAUUGACGUCGUCGUCAUUGACGUCGUCGUCAUUGACGUCGUCGUCAUUGACGUCGUCAUUGACGCCUCCAUGUCCAAUAAUCCCGCCUCCUCCUUGCGGCGUGUCCUGACAGUAUUUAUUCGUAUGUACAGUGCAGCCGGUUGGCAUGGUCUCGCUCCUGUCAGUCAUUGGGGUUGUUUGACCAUACUUCACCGCUUACGACCGAUGUAGAGGAGGGGAGGAGAAGGCCGCUGUGCCGCCACUCUAGAGCUCGCUCUCCUGGAGGCCCCUUCCGACAGCAAGGGGCAUGGGUGGGACAUUGCGGGGCUGUGCCUGUACCUUGUUAUAAUGUAUAAUUUUAAAGUAAACUUACAGAGUUUAACAACUGUCUAAUAAUUUCAUCCACCCCUCCUCCAAGUCAGUAGUGACCUCCUGACACAACGUUAUUAAUUUAAGACUUGAAGUCAUCCUACUUGUAUAUUGCAAUAAACAGCGAUAUCAUUUCAACUGUACAGUGUACAAGUAUUUUAAAGGAUAAAUAGUAACGAGAAUAACAAUGUAAGCAGCAUGUGAAGCAAUGAGCACUGAAUCUACGGCCUCUCCUAGAUGGGGCCCUGAGCCAUAGGCCCCAAAUCAUGUUUCACGGGUGCCGAGGGUGGCGAUUGCUACCAGUUAUUUCCUUGAAGCGUUUUACCUCGACCACGGACGUGUGUGUGAUAGCAAGGUCUCCGUGGAAGCUUUGCGCACGGGAAGGGCUACCACGGAGACCUCGUCGUUAUAUGCAUUCCUAGGGACGCUUUGAUGUGGAAUAUUGUAUCUGGAGGAGAGAAAUCGAAGUUGAUGUGAGAACACAGUGGGGAUUUUCUUUCCAGCUGCACCUACGAUUGGCACGGUUGGCUACGUAUGGUGCUAAAGAAGUUCAACAUACAUACGUACAGAUUGGGCGUAAGGAGGACGUUGGUCCAUACAGCCCCUUUGUGGGGAAGUCAUUUAAUAGAAUCAUCACCCCAAAUUUUUGCUGGAAGAUACGGGGUGUGGGUCUUAUAAUCCGGAGAGAGCGCGGCGACGACUGCGAGCUCGACGCGUGACUGCUCUGAUCAACACUCGGCCGAGAGACCGACUCUGAUGAAGUCCCCAGACUCGGACUCUGCAGGCCGCCGUCAAGAUGAACGUAGCAGGGCGGGCCGGGCCGGGCUGGGCUGGACUUGGCCAGGGUCUCGAUUUUUAAAUCGUGCUCGGGGAUGAAUUUGAUGCCGACAAGUUUGGCGGUCUUGGCUUUGUCACCCACGACCCCCCCCCUCCCCCGGCCCCCCGCCGUCCCAUCCACCGCAUGACCCGUGCACCCCUACAUGGUUUCGACACCCGUGCUAACACGUCCGACCACAACAGCCGCUCCCCACCGCCCCUCUCCCCCCAACCCCGUCCAGUCGGAGGGGGGACCAUGUCAGAAAUUAUUGGGCCACAGGUCGGAAGUGGAGGUUGCCAAAAUGCCCCAGGCUCCGGUUUCCGUCAGGACGACGGGCGACGCGGCUUCCGAGCGCCAGCACGUGGGACGCUCGUUGCGGAGGUUCGCGGUUCGAGCCGAGCGGCCGCCCUACACUAGACAGCGGGGAAACUAAAGAUCCCUUGACAUCGUCCUCCCUGGCAGACUGACGGUACCCGUCCGUGAAACACAGCAGCGCCCCUUCCUUUGUAACAGCCUCGUGCUGGGGGGAAUGGCCAGAAUCACCGCGUGGUGCUCGUGGUUUUGAUGUGAAGAGCGGGGGAGGUCAAAUUUCACGGGUGUGCACCUUCUGCAACGAGACGCGGGAAGAAAAUAAAUACAAAAAAUAAUUGUAAAAUUAAACUUUACAAAUGUUUUGUUUGUUAUUGCUUAAGUCAACGCUGUCUGGUAAAGUCUGCCGGCUCGUGUCAGUGGUCAUGAUAUGUAAAUGUUCGUGAACAAAACAACAAAAAUACAAAAAAUAUAUUUCAAUAAAAAUUACAUUGUAAAUCAUCCCAUCAUCAUUAUCAGCAGCAGCCAUGUUCAGUGCACUGCUGGCUGACGGCCUCCCCAAGUCGCCCAGAGGCCUCCUCCCCAAGAGGCAGUGAUCGCAGGGCUGCGCCUACACCGGUACCACAGCUGAUCUCUCCGAAUAUCUCUGCCCGGGAUGUCAGUGCCCCACGUGCUUGCCUGCCCUCCCCUCCCCUCUGUUGACCGUGUAAGUAAUGUUUGACGCAAAUUCAUUAAAUGCGCUAUUGUAAAAAA